UUCUAUAAAUGAAAAUGUUGGUUUUCAAGGGUACGUCGAUCCUUGUUCUCGGUCUUUGUCUGCUGAUUCUCAACAAAGCCAAGGGAGAAGAGGAAGGAAAUGGUGUAAAUCAAGUAUGGAAUUUCUUCUUCGGGAAUGGAGAAACACCGGAGCCUACGUACAAUUGCCCAGCAGAGCCAGUGACAUGUGAAACAAGAAAUGCAAGCGUAGCUUAUGUUCGUUGGGGUCGGGAUGACUGUAACCCAGAUACCUCAGACAUCGUAUACUCUGGUAAAGUAACAAAGUGUUAUUAUGAAUUUGAAUGUUAUGAAGACCAUGGGGGAAGUCGGUCUCUGUUAUACGGUGCUGAAUAUGAAACCAACACUUACGCUCCUUUCAGUGACGUACACGAUGGAGACAUCGUGUGUGCCUUGUGCCUUGCGCGUGGCAGAUCAACCACUUCGAUGAUUCCUGCCAAACGCACGUGCCCUUCAGGCUGGACCAAAGAGUAUGGCGGUUUGUUGAUGGGAAGUGUACAUGGCCAUGGUGGUCAUGAUUAUCUUUGCAUAGAUAGAAAUCCUCAGGCACGACAUGGUUCCUCGGUAAACAACAAUGGCCAUUUGUUUUAUGCUACCGAAGGCGUAUGCGGCUCGCUCCCUUGCCCACCCUACGCUAAUGGGAAUGAAAUAACAUGCGUUGUAUGUUCCCGUUAACAACAUGCCUACCAAAGGCUAUUAACAUAUUGGCAUAAGACUACCCCCAUAGCAUAGCCUUUAUGAGGUUUUGAACAAGAAUAUUAUGGCUAAAGGACUAUUUUAAGACUUAUUUUAAACUUGUCAGAAGAAUUAAAGUUUUUUUCAUAAGAUGCAUAACUUUGUUUGCGGAUAUUGAUGCUCUCCAUGAUCCACACUUGCUCAUUUUCUUAACGUAGUAGAGCUUCUUCAACAUUAACUUUUAUUCUAAAUAAUUAACUCUGAUAAAUUCAAUUCGUAUACAUAACGAAUUUACCUAGUGAUUGUAGAAUUACGCCUAGCAGUGGCGUAGCUAGGAGGUGGGGUCGAGGGGGCACGUGCCCCGGAAGCCAGAUUUGGGGGCGCUAAAAUGGGAGAAUGAGAGUAAAAAAAAAAAAUAACCACUUUUUAGAAAAGCAUGACGAAAUUGAUGUGUCGUCAGGCAUGAAUAUAUUCCAGUUAAUAAUGAAAAUCUGAAUGUACAGUAGUUGUGUUUAUUGGCCAAUUUAUAGAUUGUGACUUCUUUUAAGUCCAUUUCAACCGUUUUCUCUUUUUAAAAAAAAUCCUAUUCUGUAAUGACUACAUGUCUAAAGCUCAUCCUGCCAUAUCUCAGAGCCAAGACGGGACAAGUGAAACUAUCUGCUUUGGCACUCCUUAGUCUUGAGCGCGAUGAAGCAGACAACAUUGCUAACUUUGAUCAUGUUAUUAACGUAUUUGCAGAUGCAAAAGCACGCAAAAUUCAGUUGCGAGUUAUACAAUGUUACAAAUUCAGCAACUUACAAGAAAAUAAGAAUAUUAUAAUGCUAUAAAUACAACAGCCUUACAAAUAAGUGUAUGGUAAAGUUGUAUACAUAGUUCCGAACAGCUUCAGUGGUAAAAGAAACAGGGGUGGCGCGACCGGGGUGGGGCCUACGGUACGUAUAUGCUUAAAACCUAUACAACUAAUAUCAAUUUAUUUCACAAUAUUAUAAUUACAAUUUUCUACUCUUGCCGCCGGGCCCCAACCUCUAGCUAAGCAACUGACGCCUAGUAGAAUACUGGUUUACCAUACCAUAAUAAAUAAUGAACCAAUCAGCACCGCGGGUUAGGUUUCGAAGAUAAGUAAUACAAUUGGUGUGAUUAUAUAUGCAUGGUAAAAAAUAAUGGGAAAAAAUCUGAAAAUGCUAACAUUGUUUGAAUUCAUCAAGUAAUAUAUCACGUGUUUGAUAGUUAUAGAAAUAUAAUUGAAUAACAUUUUUUGUGGUUUCAAAAUAAAACGUGCAUUUAAAAAGAAA